AACAAUUGCUUAUAUGGGUGCUUACGGGUUGAGCGCGGCAGCAAGGUAUCAAUGUGACAUAAGAACUCCUUUAUUUUCUUAAAAAAAAAAUUUAGACUUCAAAUCUAAUUUGAUUACAAUCUUUGAACUUUUUUCAUGAUAGCACACGAGUUUCAAAUUUGCUUGGAGCUGGGAAACCGAGUCAAGCGAAGAGUGCAAUGGGCGUUACAAUAAAGCUGUCGAUUCUCUUAGCCAUGCUUAUCUCUCUAGCUCUAGGCUUGGGGCGUUACAUUUGGGGAAGCUUCUUCAGUGACAAUGCCAGUAUAAUCAAAGCAUUUGCUGCCUUGACUCCUUGGAUUUGCUUAUCCAUACUCUUGGACUCGAUCCAAGGCGUACUAUCAGGGGUAUGCAGGGGAUGUGGUUGGCAACACUUCGCCGUAUUCAUAAAUUUGGGAACAUUCUAUUUCAUUGGUAUGCCCAUUGCAUAUUUAACUGCCUUUAAGUUUAAUUUGCACGUCAAGGUAAUAAUCACAACUUUACUAUUCUCAUUCGGACUAAAUUUGUUUACAUUUUACAGUACAAAUCAAAUUGAUCGAAUAUAUUUCAUAUUAAAGCUUACUCUGCGUUUUUUUGUGAUCUGUGGUUUAGGGUCUUUGGAUUGGCUUAAUCUGUGGCCUCACCGUUCAAUCUGCUUCGCUUUUUCUGAUUACUCGAUUUCAUAAAUGGACAGCACUUGACAUCUCUUCC